GAGUUGCGUUCUCGAAGAGUUGAAAGUUUCCACGUUUAUGUUUAACUUUAUCAGCGACUAUUUUGUAAAACUAAUCUAAAUAUAUGUACUUGUGUACGUGAAACGGAGCUCGUCAAAAGCAGACUGACUGCCACAUUUAAACAUUUAAACUAACCGCGUAGCUAAAAACAACAUAAGCUAACUAGCAUUAGCUGUUUGAUUGUGAACAGGGUGAUAAUAAAUUAAAAUAAAUAAAUUGAAUAUGGUGGUGUUGAGAGACGGAUUGUGUCCUGGACUGGAUGAAGAUUUAGUUCGCGAUCUACGAGCUGCUGAAGUUAAAACAGUGGAAGACUUGGUGUCGUCUGAUAUUGAGCAACUUGCUCAAAAAUGUUCAGUAUCCUACAAGGCUCUGUUUGCCAUCCGCAGGGUGCUGCUGGCCCAACACACCGCCUUCCCCGUCUCAGGAGCCCAUCUGUAUGAAGAACUGUUGAGCUCCACAGCCAUCAUCUCCACCGGAAAUCCCAGCUUAGAUCAACUGCUGGAUUCUGGGGUGUAUACCGGAGAGAUAACGGAGCUGUGUGGCAGUCCCGCCAGCGGCAAAACGCAGGUGUGCCUUGGCGUCGCCGCGCACGUCUCCCACCAGCUGAAACAGAGCGUGAUUUACGUGGAUACGACAGGCGGGUUGUCAGCCAGCCGCCUCCUUCAGAUGCUGCACGCUGAGACGAGUAACACAGACGAGCAGAUGCAAGCUCUUCAGAGGAUCCACGUCUUUCAGAUUUUUGAUGUCUUCUCUUUACUCGACUGUCUGUAUGAUCUUCAGCAGGCGUCUGUUGGUGGCGGCUCGGUGAAGGCGGUGAUCGUGGACUCCGUGUCAGCUGUUAUCGCUCCUCUGCUGGGAGGCAAACAGAAUGAAGGAAUGUCUUCGGCGCUCCAUGUGGCAAGAGUUCUGAAGAUGAUGGCGAAGGACUUUAACGUGGCUAUUUUGGUAACAAACCACGUCACCAGGAGUGCUGUCGGAGGUGUCCAGCCCGGCCUUGGGGUGUCCUGGAGCCACGUCCCCAGAACCAGGAUCCUGCUGGAGCGCUUGGACAAAGUUGUAGUUAAUCACUGCACCUUACGCUCCGCCACACUGAUCAAGUCUUCCAGACAGCCCUGUCACAUCAAACAUGAGUUUGACUUACGGUGGUGGAGUCAACAUCAACAAGAAUCAUCUGGGAAGAGAAAAAUGGACCAGUCCGAGUCCUGAUGGAAGCCGUCAGACAUUCUUUGGAACCUUCUCCACUGAAAGGGAGGAACGACACGUCUCUUGCGGAUACAUUCCCAGAUCCAGUCGGCCGUGACUCUCUGGGCGCGGCUGUCCUCAUUGGGUGUGGCCAGCGUGUGUGUGGCUGAGGUAGAGUCAUAUUCCGGCACCAGGUCGCCAUCGUAUGCCACAAAGUACCGCCGCAGUUUGUUGUAGUCUUGCACAGAGGAGGGCAGGAAAAGCUUCACACCGCUGAAAAUGUCCAGCAACGUCUGUAGAAGAGCACAAAGAGAGACGGAGACACUUCCUGUCAACACCACCAGCUGAUGGAGAAAUUUCAAGGCGCUGCUGGCAAGCGACGCACUGGAAGGAGGGAAUUUACUCUGACAAACUUUAAAAAGGCACAAACUUUUGUUGAGCAGCAAAUGAGCCCAUGAUAUCAAAUAUUCUUUGUAUCCUACCACAGGGGGGCGCCACCUAAGGACAACAGGCACUUGAACGUUUUUCAUCAUGUGCACAUUUAAACACGUGACUGACAAA